AUGAUGGCGGGAGCCGGUAGAGCAGCAGCAAUUGCGACUUGCAAGUGGUGCAGAGCAGCUGAAGCCGGAAGGCUCCAAUUUACCUCCUCUUCCUUGCGUUCUUUCUGUUCUGCUUCAUCUUCUUCCGUGUGCUAUGCUGAUUAUUAUUCACAGCCCAAGCUUAAUCGGAGGAAUAAUUUGACAUCAGCUCGAAUCCCGCUUCGGGUGCACCUUAAUUCAUUUCAAGCUGAUUCUGCUUCCUUCCCGCAACCGAAAAAAUUAAGCUUCAAUGGCCGCGUUCUCUACUCCAGCUCCUCAGCUGCUGCUGCUAGUAGUAGUACCACUCCCAACAAGAGUGUUAACGGCUCGCCACCAGUCGCUACUCCUAAACCACAGGAGGAGAAAGUCGCGGACAUGAAAAUCCUGCGGAGGCUAGCUACUUACUUGUGGAUGAAGGAUAACCUUGAAUUCCGCAUGAGGGUUAUCGCUGCACUCACCUUUCUCGUCGGGGCUAAGGUCUUGAACGUUCAGGUGCCUUUCCUUUUCAAGCUUGCUGUUGAUUGGCUGACCACUGCCACUUCCAAUGUCUCCGAACUUGCUUCCUUCACGGCUGCCAAUUCCACCCUCACUGUACUUUUUGCUACCCCUGCCUCUGUCCUGAUUGGGUAUGGCAUAGCUCGCUGCACGGCAGCUGCUUUUAAUGAGUUGAGAACUGCUGUGUUUUCUAAGGUUGCUCUCCGCACCAUUCGGUUGGUAUCGAGAAAGGUUUUUUCCCAUUUGCAUGACCUUGACCUCCGUUAUCACCUCAGCCGAGAAACUGGAGCAUUAAAUAGAAUAAUUGAUCGUGGUAGCCGCGCGAUAAACUUUAUCCUCUCUGCUAUGGUCUUCAAUGUUGUACCAACCAUCAUAGAGAUAUCUAUGGUGUCAGGUAUCCUGGCCUACAACUUUGGUGCACCUUUUGCAUGGAUCACUUCACUCUCUGUUGCUGCAUAUAUUGCUUUCACAUUGUCAGUGACACAGUGGAGAACAAAGUUUAGGAAGGCCAUGAAUAAGGCUGACAAUGAUGCUGGCACCAGGGCAGUUGAUUCUCUUAUCAAUUAUGAGACAGUCAAGUAUUUCAACAACGAAGCUUAUGAAACUGAUAAAUAUGAUGAAUUCUUAAAAAGAUAUGAAGAUGCUGCCUUAAAAACACAACGGAGUCUUGCUUGGCUUAAUUUUGGCCAGAAUGCAAUAUUCAGCACAGCUCUAUCAACAGCUAUGGUUCUUUGUUCACAUGGGAUUUUGGAAGGCAGGAUGACUGUUGGUGAUUUGGUUAUGGUGAAUGGGCUGCUUUUCCAGCUAUCUCUUCCACUUAAUUUCCUAGGCAGCGUUUAUCGUGAAACUGUGCAGAGCUUAGUUGACAUGAAGUCAUUGUUUCAACUGCUUGAGGUGACAGCUGAGAUUACUGAUAAAGAAGGUGCAAAACCGUUGAAGUUAAAUGGCGGUAGCAUACAUUUUGACCGUGUGACCUUCAGCUACCUACCUGAAAGGAAGAUUCUCGAUGGUGUAUCUUUUAUAGUACCAGCUGGAAAAAGUGUGGCCAUUGUGGGAACAAGCGGAAGUGGCAAGUCUACCAUUCUUAGACUAAUCUUCAGAUUUUUCGACACCCAUGCUGGAAGUAUACGAAUUGAUGGCCAGGACAUACGGGAUAUUGAAUUAGAUACUCUACGGAGCUCUGUUGGUGUUGUGCCACAAGAUACUGUACUUUUUAAUGAUACAAUAUACCACAACAUCCAUUAUGGUCGUCUUUCAGCAAGUGAAGACGAGGUUUAUGAUGCUGCUCGGCGUGCAUCCAUUCACGAUACUAUUAUGAACUUCCCUGAGAAAUACUCAACUGUGGUUGGAGAACGCGGGCUUAAGUUAAGUGGUGGUGAAAAGCAGCGGGUUGCUUUGGCUCGUGCAUUCCUGAAAGCGCCGCCAAUUCUGCUGUGUGAUGAGGCAACAAGUGCACUUGACAGCACGACAGAGGCUGAGAUACUAACUGCGCUCAAGUCAUUAGCUGAUAAUCGUACUUCAGUUUUUAUUGCCCAUAGACUUACUACUGCAAUGCAAUGUGAUGAGAUAAUAGUUUUGGAGAAUGGGAAGGUGGUUGAACAGGGACCACAUGAAGUCCUCUUGACCAACGCGGGGAGAUAUGCGCAGCUAUGGGGACAGCAAAAUAAUACUGUGGAUGUCAAUGAUUCAGCAGUCAAGCUGGGGGCAUGA